AAAAUUAUCCCAUUAAUGAUAAUAGUCCUGUUGAUCCAUAAAUUUUAGUUCGAAUGUAGAUAUUGAACUUAGCUGAGGUCAGAUCAGAAGAUUUCUUGACUUCUUGAUUUCACUUUUCAAUCUUGGGGUUAUAGUCCAGUGUCAAAUAAUAUCUUUUACACAAAAUAUAGGAUUGACCUGAAAUUUUUAUAAAACAUACUAACAUGGUGCUCUCAAAACCUUUAAUGAAAGUACUUGAAAUUUAUUUUGGUGAAUUGUAUUCUAAUCCAAUUAGAACAAAUGCAAUAACUGGGGCUCUGAUAGCUGCAGGAGGAAAUUAUGCAUCACAAUUUUUAGCAGGGAAAAAAGUUAUUAACAACCAGACAAUUUUAGCCUAUGGAGCUUUUGGACUUUUAUUUGGGGGAACCAUCCCUCACUUUUUCUACUUAGGUUUAGACAAUUUAAUCUCUGAAGAAGCGGGAAUGGCUGUAGUAAAGAGGUUUUUAGUUGAAAGAAUUAUCUACACCCCACUAUUUCAAGCCUUCUUUCUAUAUAUGUUAGCUAGGUUUGAAGGUAAAGACCACGAAACUGCUUUGAGACAAAUAAAGACACUAUACUGGAGUGUCCUAACUACAAGUUGGAAAUAUAUUAGUAUUAUUGAACUCAUGAACCAAAUGGUGGUUCCACCUGUGGUCCGCUCUCUUGUGACAAAUCUGAUAGCAUUCUUUUGGACAAUUUAUAUUUCAAAUAAAAGGAGACAAGAAGAAAUAAGAGCAAGCAGAAAAAUCAAGAAGUGAUCAUUUUAAAAUUUCCUUUGAAUAGAGAAAGAAAGUGAUCAUAAAAAGCAUUUUAAUAAUAUAUUUGUCCAAGUGUUGAUAUCCUUUAUAUUAUUUAUGGGUUGUUUCGGUUGAUUUUCAUAUAGAUUUUUUGGAAAAAGAUAUUUUAAUAUACAUAUAUAUGAUA